GAAUAUUGAUUCCACAGGGUUUGUAUUGAUUGUGGAAAAAGCAAAUGGACAAGAAGAGAAUGCAGCACUUUGGGGUGAAACUACUCAGUCGUCAAUUUAUCCAGGCUUUAACACUGAACUUGCGCUAGAUGGUUUGAUUGACACCUUCACUCACACUAACUCAGAGACCGACCCGUGGUGGAGAGUGGAUCUACUGAAGGUAUACAGCGUGAACAGAGUGACCAUUACUAACAGAAACACCUUUCCUUCGAGGAUAGACGGAGCUGUGAUUCACGUCGGGAUCUUCCCUGACAUUUACAGCAACACCAUAUGUGCUGUAAUUUCCAGUCUUGCGGCCAGCGCUACGGCCACUAUCUCAUGCGGCGGGAUGGUGGGACGUUACAUGGUUGUUCAUAUUCCUGGAAAUGACAAGAUUCUUAGUCUUGCUGAAGUUGGAGUCUAUGGGGAUUUGGCAGGAAAUCGGGCAGUAAGAGGAGCCGCUACACAGUCGUCAACAUCUGGGGACUGGUUUGCUGAAAAGGCCAUUGACAGUAAUCGAGGUCUCCAGCAGUUGUACACGGGAUGCUCCUCAACCCUUAAUCAGACUAACCCGUGGUGGAGGCUGGAUCUGCGUGACGUGUACCGAGUUAGUAAAGUGGUCGUCACUAACAGACGAGACUGCUGUACAGAACAAAUAAACGGAGCAGAGAUUCGCAUCGGGAACUCUUUGGAGAACAACGGCAGCAACAAUCCCAUAUGUGCUGUUAUUCCUGCUAUUCCAGCAGGCGAGUCCUACAACUACUCAUGUGGUGGGAUGGAGGGACGUUAUGUGAAUCUGAUCGUUCCUGGAGACAUGAAGACACUCUCUCUCUGUGAGCUGGAGGUUUAUGGAGAAGGUCCCUGUUUAAAAGGGUCAUUUGUAAAAAUGCAGUUUAACUCCGGCAAUGAUCUGACUGACCCUUCAAUGAGAGAAAAUGUUCUGAAACAGUUGGGAUCUGCUCUUGCUGAUAGAGGACUCACAGAUGUGACACUGCGAUGGACUCAAACUCCUGAACGGGUGAUCCAGAAGGGGAACGAUGAUAAACGUGAGUCUGUUCUCUCGACUUUUGUUAAUGAAGCCACACUGCAUCUGGAUCCAGCCUCAUCGCUAUUUCUACCGCACCACGUCACACCACGCAAGUGCUGA